AUGGAUUCGGUGUAUGGAGCUGCAAGUCUGCCUUCAUGGGGGUGGUAUGACUCGGAACGGGAACGAUACGCGCAGCCUUCUCGACCGAGUGCUCGAUCAAGUGAGGGAGAUGGUGGAUAUACGCACACACUUGUCUUCCUGCUCAACAGCCGUCAAGUGUUGCUGGGUCUGAAGAGGCGAGGAUUUGGUGCUGGGCUGUACAACGGACUUGGCGGCAAACUUUGCGCUGGGGAGACGGCUAGGCAAUGUGCGAUGCGCGAAUGCCUGGAGGAAGCCACCGUUACACCAGCACUCACCUUUACCGGUCGAAUCAAUAUCACCGUCCAACAAGGCGAAUCCAUCUCGAUCGCCCUCUUCAAAGCACCCCUCACUGCGUCAACCAUACGAGAAAUGAAGCAGUCGCAAGAAGUGGAUCCCCGCAUCUUUGCGAUCAAAGACCAAGGUUGGUGGGAGCAAACUAGACCAGAACUUCGCAUCUACUUCCAAAUCCUCCUUCACCCCCUUGACUCCCAAAGCGAAGAGACGCUCUUCACCCUAGACAUCGAGUUCAACAAGGAACCCACCAAGGACCAGUUGCCGCCAAACGAGCGUCCUGAAAAUCAUCGCACCCCCAAACAAUGGUCCCUCACCCUGCACAAUUCCGCAUAA